CGUUUCGCCCACUCAGUUUAGCUACAACUUUGAAUGCGAGCGUGCCGAUCGCAAGCCGCCGUCUUACAGUAAAGUGCAUUUUCUCAAGAUAUUUCCUCGAUUCACAUUUUGUGGAACAACGGGCUGAAACUUGAAUCUAAUUUUCAAAUGCCCGGAUAUUUUCUCUCUAGGAUUUGAGUAUUUCCAAAGUAGCUAUGAAUCUCAUACUAACGUUGACCACGGUUCUGCACUUAGUUUUGGUGGCAUUGGCACGGAUUCCGCCAUCAAUUGAUGGCGAAAGCAUUUCCGAUGGCAUACGUCUGGUCAUGGAGAGGAGUUCCGGUGAUGUAGUACACUUUCGUCCGGCUCGUGGCGCUGUGGAGGAUGAAGCAGUCACAUCCACUACAAAUGGUGACACUCACCGCUCCAGAAACAAUCGGAAGCCGAACAAGUCGCACGAGCAUUCUCAGCAGGUUGGAGGACACAAAUCUGGUUCAAGAAAACUAGUGGUUGCCGAAAAUGGCAGUGCAUCACAGCCGAAGCACAAGCAAGGCCACAAAGUCACUGAUAAGCAGCAGCGCCAGGGACCCAAGCAGCAGCAUGGACAUGGCCAACACCACGCAGGGAAGAGAACCCAGGGACCCAAGGCAAAGACUUCAGAGAACGGGUCGACCUGCCGUUACGCGAAGAGCGCUUGGUCCAAUUGCGAUGACAAAACAAAUACGCGCUCCCGUGUUUUAUCUCUAAGGAAGGGAGAGCAAAACUGCUUGCCAACACGGACUAUACAAAAGAAGUGCAAGAAAGGCUGCCGUUAUGACAAGGGUACAUGGUCGCCAUGUACAGCUGGACAAAUGACCAGGGAGGAUAAGUUACAAAAUGAGGCGAUUGGCGGCAGUGACCAAAACUGCAAUCCUGUGCGCACCGUCAGCAAGAAAUGCAAGGCGAAUGGCAAUGCUGGAGGAGGAAAACAACAUGGCCAGAAUCGUGGCACAAAAGAACGGAAACAGAAGGACAAGGGUGCUGGACGCAUUUCGCCUCACGAUCAAUGAUUGUUUAAACUUAAUAAUUUUAUGCAAACACUGCAACAAGAUUUAUAGCAUUUUAUAAGCAAUUUAUUUA